AUGGAUAGCCACACCAUCCAUAGGAUUGUCAAGACGAUCUGCGGCGCCAGAUACGAAGUCAUCAUCAAGGACUUGGCCACGAGAAAGCACCUUGUCCCGUCCCUGAGUGACACCGCUCCUCAGCUCGCCGUAGACGCAACCCUACCUAGGACAGACUUCGGGGUAUCCAAUACUCCUCACAAACACAUGCUACUUUGUCAAUCGGGGCAAAAGCUUCCUCGUCUUUGUGAAAUGAUUUCCGUGGUAAGGAACUCUAUUCGGAAUUCCGUGAAGCAGUGUGCGUCCCCAAAACGAGCACGUUCCAAGUCCUCUCUUGCUGUCUGUCCCUUCAGCGAAGGGUCACAGGACAGGGGAUUUAUGGGCAGCCCCGAGGAAGGAGGUGCCGACGUGGACGUAGAGCGUGGCCCUGUGGUCGCCACUGUAGACGAGGCUUUUCUAGGCGUCGACAGCGACACGGUGGUAUCGUCAGAGAGGCCAUUUUCUGAAAUGCCAAGUCCUGGUGGAAUUAGAGACAUUCCCAUUGUCGGAACACUGUUUCAUUUUAAACCUUUCACUGACUACACAAUUCCUACGUUGAACCGUUUAUUCGACGACCUUCACGACAGGCACGGGAAGAUCUACCGGCUCCGGCUACCCCGGUGGAUGGUGAUCAUUGAGGACCCGGAGGACAUGGAGACAGUGUUCAGAAAUGAAGGACAGUACCCCGUGAGGCCGCCCUUCGACAUUUACAGGACGUACGCCAGGCGUAGGAACCUACCCCCGAACGUCGGACACAUAGACGGCGAGGAAUGGAAGCGACUGCGUGGUCGAGUCCAGAAGAAGCUGUUGAGGAAGGACUCCGCCAGCAGAUACAUCACUGGACAGUCCAGAGUGGUGGACGAGCUGGUUUCGCGGCUCAAGAACAAGGCGAUGACUCCGCAAGAAAUCAACGACAUCUUCUUCAUGUUCUCCAUUGAAGCUAUUGCUUUGGUCUGCCUUGACAGACGCCUGGGUUUUCUGUCCGACAAAAUUCCGCCUGAGCACGAGGUCUACCUUAACGCCAUCAAAGAGUACUUUUCCGUGCUGGCAUAUCACCUGGGAUCCUUACCACUGUACAAGUGGUUUCCCACCCCCAUGUACAAGAGGUUCGAAUCGGCGGCAGACACAGCAUCCAGAUUUUUGGGCAACCAGAUCCGUAAGGCAUUAGACGAUUAUGUGCAUUUGAAAAAGAACGAAACGUGGAAGAAAUCUCGGCUGUCGUUUCUGCAAACCCUGCUCGAUUAUGGAGACUUGUCAGUGGACGAAAUUUCCUCACUGAUGCUGGAUCUUAUGACUGGAGGGACAGACUCUACAGCAAAGGUGAUCCAGGCCAUAUUGUACCAAUUGGCUUUAAAUCCUGAGAAACAGAACAAGCUGUUUGAGGAAAUCCAUUCUUUGAUUGGUCAUUCGGGAAACUUGAACACUGAAGACCUAGAUAAAUUGAGGUACCUGAAAGUCUGCAUCAAAGAAACAUACAGACUACAGUUCCCAACGCCUAUUGGAACAGGAAGAGUUUUACAAACUGACCUGGUGCUCGGCGGAUACAAGGUUCCCAAAGGAGUGACAGUGAUGUGCAAUAACCCGAGGUUGCUGAAAAACCCAAAGUACUUUCCAGACGCAGAAGAGUUUAUACCCGAACGGUGGUCGCGUAAUGAGUUGGGCCAGAGACAAUCUUCCAUUCCCGCCAUGGCCAUGAAGCCGUUUGGUUUCGGAACUCGUAGUUGUAUUGGGCAGAGGUUUGCCGAGACGGAGACAUUACUGGCCAUUGCUAAGAUUAUACAGAAUUUCCACGUAUCAGUUGACCGAAAUGUCAAAGAACCGGAAGUGAUUUAUACGCUAUUUUCAACGUUCAGUGAACCUCCCCAAUUUAUUUUUACCCCUCGCCAAGACACUUCGUGCUAAGAGACUCCGUAUAUCGAGACAGUCACACGCUUCACUGGACUACAAACACACAUAUCCAUAAACAAAGUUACACCAGAGAAGACUGCCAAGGGACAUCGAAUUCUGGUGAAAAGUGUUGUGUACAUAUGACGUUAGAAACCCAACGAGUACAUAUAUUUACUUAAACAAUGCUAUUUGUGUAUACUAUUUAAAAGAUAUUUAAAGAGUAAUAUAUUUGUGAUAACCAGUGUUAUGAUUAUGUGAAGUUAUUUUAUAGAUUUGUUUUUCAAAAUAUAUGUUUGAGACAGUGCUAUUGUUCAUAUUUAAGCAGAUUGUUAUUUAUUUCAAAGAAUCAUUGUUAUAUAUGGGAAUUCGUUUAUUGAUUUAGAAAAAAAGUACAUAUUUAAAACGCCUAUUAUUGUUAUUUUAUAGAUAUACAAAAUAGUAUUUAUUUCAUAUAACCUGCUUAUAAUCACAACCAAAUAGUUCAUUUUGAUUUUAUUGUUGUUAUUCGGGGGAAGAUCAGGGAUUUGACAACCGGCCUUGGUGGUGUCGUGGUUAAGCCAUCGGACUACAGGUUGGUAGGUAGAGGGUUCGCAGCCCAGAGCGAGUUUUAACGACUCAGUGGGUAAGUGUAAGGCCACUACACUCUCUUCUCUC